UCGCAGUGGGGUUGUCAAGGGAUUGGAGAGCUUCAGACCCUCACUGGGCAGAUGUCGCACCAGCCCGUUGUCGCCACCAAAACAUCGGGAGACAUGGACAAGCCACUGAUCAGCCGCCACCUGGUGGACAGUAACAGCAGCCUUGCUGAAGCCCCCAGUGAGGUCCCCAAAGCGGGCAUCCUGGGCAGCGGGGACUUUGCCCGCUCCCUGGCCACACGCCUGCUGGGCUCUGGCUUCAGCGUGGUGGUGGGCAGCCGUAACCCCAAACGCACUGCCUGGCUGUUUCCCUCAGCGGCCCACGUGACUUUCCAGGCGGAGGCAGUGAGCUCCCCAGAGGUCAUCUUUGUGGCUGUGUUCCGGGAGCACUAUUCCUCACUGUGUGGUCUCAGUGACCAGCUAGCCGGCAAGAUCCUGGUGGAUGUGAGCAACCCCACAGAGCAGGAGCACCUCGGGCAUCGGGAGUCCAAUGCUGAGUACCUGGCCUCCCUCUUCCCCAACUGCACGGUGGUCAAGGCCUUCAACGUCAUCUCCGCCUGGACCCUGCUGUCUGGCCCAAGGGAUGGGAAUAGGCAGGUGCCCAUCUGCAGUGACCAGCCAGAAGCCAAGCGUGCUGUCUCGGAGAUGGUGCACGCCAUGGGCUUCACUCCCGUGGACAUGGGAACCCUGGCAUCGGCCCGGGAGGUGGAGGCCAUGCCCCUGCGCCUCCUCCCGGGCUGGAAGGUGCCCACCCUUCUGGCCCUGGGACUCUUCAUCUGUUUCUAUGCCUAUAACUUCAUCCGGGAUGUGCUGCAGCCCUACAUGCAGGAGGGCAAGAAUAAGUUCUACAAGCUGCCCGUGUCCGUGGUCAACACCACACUGCCGUGUGUGGCCUACGUGCUGCUGUCGCUGGUGUACCUGCCUGGCGUGCUGGCGGCUGCCCUACAGCUGCGGCGAGGCACCAAGUACCACCGCUUUCCCGACUGGCUGGACCACUGGCUGCAGCACCGCAAGCAGAUCGGGCUGCUCAGCUUCUUCUGCGCCGCGCUGCAUGCACUGUACAGCUUCUGCCUGCCGCUCCGCCGCUCUCACCGCUACGAACUGGUCAACUUGGCCACCGAGCAGGUCUUGGCCAACAAGAGCCACCUCUGGGACGAGGAGGAAGUCUGGCGGAUGGAGAUAUACCUCUCCCUGGGAGUGCUGGCCCUCGGCACACUCUCCCUGCUGGCUGUCACCUCACUGCCAUCCAUUGCAAACUCACUCAACUGGAGGGAGUUCAGCUUCGUUCAGUCCACGUUGGGCUUCGUGGCCCUGGUGCUGAGCACGCUGCACACGCUCACCUAUGGCUGGACCCGCGCCUUCAAGGAGAGACACUACAAGUUCUACCUGCCCCCCACCUUCACGCUCACACUGCUGGUGCCCUGUGUCGUCAUCCUGGCCAAAGGUCUGUUCCUCCUGCCCUGCUUCAGCCGCAGACUCGCCAAGAUCCGGAGGGGCUGGGAGAAGGAUGGCGCCGUCAAGUUCACGCUGCCAGCAGACCACACCCUGGUCGAGAAGACGAGUCUUGUGUGAGGUGUCUGCACGUGGCUCCGGUGUAGUGCAGUCUGAUUGUAUACAAAUGGGUGGUGGUAUGAGGUCCAAAUUACCUGGGACACAAGUUAUGCAGUAAUAUUUAGAAUGACACACACAAGUGUGUGUGAUAUGUAAGUACACAUAUUUCGUAUAUAUAACAGGAUUUGCAAUUAUUAUACUUACUUAGCCAAACAGUUGGGUCCCUAAAAUUUCAACUUGUAUAUUUAAAAGCAAGUGCCAUAUGUUAGGAGAAUAGCAGAUCACGCUAUUGUGACAUUUGCAGAGAUACACACACACCAUCUUUCUGCACAGAAGAGGCUUGUACCUUGGUGGAUGUGAUCCAUUUAGGCCACCCCCUCCCCACUCUCCUUUUGCUACUUUCCCCAGGCUCUUGCAGAACUGAGGUUGUAUGGUGGCAGGCAGCUGACCCAGGUACAUGGGGCUGAAGAGAUGCCAGUGAGCAGGGGGAUAUACUUCCUACCUCAUUCACCUUGGGUUGGGGUGUGAGCCUGGAGUCUGAGCCCUGGGAGCCAAUUGAAGGUCCGUCCUUUGCUGGAUAGGGGUGGGAGAGGUGGAUUGGGGCUGAAGCUGCUCCACCAAUCCUCUCUGAGCUGGGAGAUUUUUUCCCUGAAAGUCAGAAGUCACCCUGGAGCCUGCAAAUUGAUCCUCCUGUGAAAGUGUGAAGUCACCUUCUUGCCAGAGCCACUAAUGAACCCCAUCACAAGAACAAGUGCAAUUUCUUUCCCUCCUUUAAGUUGGUGAUGACCAUUCUCUAAACCACUGUGCCUUCUCACCUUUUAAAUCAUUAGUUUUGAACAUCUCCCAGGAAGGCCUAGAGCAGACCCUUUAGGAAUCACUGUAAUGGGGAGGGAAAAACACAUGAGUUCACUCAGCGUCAGAGCUGAGCUCUUUCUUGGACCCUGCCUGGGGGCUGAAAGGUCUUCAUUAAGUUGGUCCUAUGGAUAGACACUGGAGACCCCUUCCAAUGUCCCCUGCUGCUAGGCAGAGAACCUGCCUCCCGAGCACCCAGAAAGCCACACUGGGUCCAAGUUCCUCCUCGUGGAGUGUUACAUUUCCAAACAGCUGGAAGGGUCUUUUCUGCCAAAGAUACAACCCUAAAAUUCUUCUGCCCCAAAGCACAAGAGGCUAGACACAGCCAGGGAGGGCCACAGGACAUCUGUCUUGCAAUCAUAUACCAUCCCUUGCUGAUUCAUACUAAAACUGGUUUACUUCCCCUGUGGAGAAAUAGCUAUUCUUGGCUGAGACCCCAGCCCCCUGCAGAACCAGGACGAUCAGCCAACCAGAAAAAGCAUCUUUGAACACAAAGGGGGUGAGGUCCCAAUGGGUAUCCUGGGCUAGAGGACAUUUUUUUUUGGUGGGGGGAAGCUGGCUGGUAAGGGGAUCCAAACCCUUGACCUCAGUGUUACACCACCACAGCCUAACCAACUGAGCUGACCAGACAGCCCAAAGGGCCUCUUAUGAUGGGGAGGAGAGCAGGACAGGCAGGCUGACCAGAACACAGGCUGCGAAGUGAGGAUGCCCCUGCCUCCCUCAGGGAGGCUUCAUGAGCUCGUGUCUUGGAGCACAUUAGGGUCCUUCAGUGAAAGGAAAAGAAAAAAGCCCAGUAUGAGAAUAUCUCAUUAGGCCCAUGACUGAUGGAGAGAAGGCAGUGCUGGGGAAGCCGCGAUUUUCCAUCUGCUGCUCCAAGGCUGGGCUGCAGAAGUUUGUCUCAUAAAUUGGCCCUGAUGGAGCGUCAGCUGUAGCCCAAGAGAGGCUCGCUGAAAAGGGAGCAGGGGAAACGGAGUUUAGCAUUCGCUUGGCAUGACAACAAGGGCCCAUCAGUUCCUGCUAAUGGGAAACAUGGAGGACAUGGACAACGCAAAUCACCAUGACCCCAACCCCAGUGGGUAUCAGCUGCCUUCCUUCUCCGGCCCUCCCUGGGCCAGGGAAUGGCUCUUUAUACCAAAGAUGCCAAAACAGAGCAAAGUCCAGUGUACUUCCUCUCCCUUGCCCGCCCACCUCCUGCUGACGGUGCCCCUCAGGAGGGAAGUCGUUCCCAGGUGGGUGGAAGGAACCGGCAGCAGAGGGCCUGUCCUCCACCAGCUGGACAGUCAGAUGAUGAGAGGCGGUGGCCGUGUGGGGCCCUGAGCCUGUAUCUGCUGCUCUUCCCUACCUCACCAGGCGGCUGGCAACCGCAGCCCCAAGACAGCCAGUCACUCCCCACAGCCUAGUAUAUUCUAUGUGCCUCCAGGUACAAAAGUGCCUCAACCGAUGUGCCCUGGAAAUUCUAAAUGCCACUGUCUGAGGCUGAUGUUUAAAAUUUAUGCCAUUGAAAGAGUCUGUGUAUUUUGUUUUUACCUUGUAGAGCUUGAUUAAGAGGCAGCGAAAAUAAACACUUAACCUUCCGUGACCUUCAGGCUUAUUUCUGUCGCUUGCGCAGGUCACCUGCCCACUCAUUCAUGCAUUGACUCGACAAGACUUCUGAUUGGUCUCAGUCGAGCAGCAUGCGAACACAGAAUCAUCUGUGCUGGAGUGGCAGACAUGCAGACCCUACAGUGGUAGCCAGUGGGGAAAUGGGUGAGAUCCAGGUGAUAAAGUCUGGGUUGAGGGCAUUAAAGGAGGACUCCAGGCCAGAGGAGGCACAGGAAAGGCUUCCUGGAGGGAGUGGUGUCUGCCCUGGGUGUGAAGGCUGAGGCCUUGAGCAUAUGUAGGAGCAGCAGUGCUCCUUGAAUGAUAGUGUGCUUAUGAGUCACAUGGGGAUGUGGUUUAAACGCAAUUCUGAUUCAUCGGUCUGGGGUGAGGCCCAAGACUGUGCAUUUCUAAUAAGCUCCUGGUGACAUGGAUAGCAUUGAUCCUUGGCCACUCCAAGCAGUAAGAGCUUAAAUGGCUUCCUUUGCUUCUUCUGUGCUGUGGUCUACAGCAUGCAAACCAGUGCACGCACACUCUGCCCCACUAAUCUUCCCUAUGAAAAUGAGUAAGAAGAAAGGAAAUGAAGACAGUGAUUCUGGACAACUCUUGAGAUUUGGCUGUAAAGUAAAGGAAAGAAAAAGGAUUGGUGACUGGAGGGACAAACGAGGGUUGAAGGAAGGUUGGUUAUUUUUCCAUGGUUCUGACCUGAGCAUGUUUUAAAUAUUUCUGGAAAAGAAGAGCAGUCAAAGAUGAGAGAGAGAGAGAGAAGUGGUCAUUGCCAUCUGCUGAGAGUGACAGGGAAUGAAGAAGGUUGGCUCUGAGGGUUGAAGAGGGUUGAAAAGGUUAAAAAUACUUGUUGGAGAAAGUGAAAAGGGAGCUGGCCAGAGAAACAUGGUAGAGUUCAUAAAACAAAAUGAAAACAAACUUUAUAUUUUUGUUGAAAGUGAAAUAUACCUGUGUUUCCUGAGAAAUGUGCAAGGUGGAUUUUUGCUCAGUUAAAUUCUAUUUUCCCCCACCAAUUUCUAUAAUAAUUCCAGAUAGUUUAUCUUAGUUCAGUUCGAUCUCUAAUAGUUACUCAGAAAUGCUUUGGCUUCAUUUUCAUUUUCUCUCUUCAGAAAUGAACAAUCACAAAUGGAACCUUUAGUGCACUAGGCAACCAAAAAACCUCCACUGCCAGUCCUCCCAUAAAGUGAAUAAUCAACCCCUUGUUUACUGAGUGUUGAUUUCAUUUACUGGGCCAGAAACCUAGCUUAUUUUUAUAAUUCCCACCAUAUGCAGAGCCUACACGAAAAUCGAAUUUUAGCCAAAAGAUAAACUUUUCCCUAACCAGGGAAUUCAUUAGGGCUUUCACUUCCUGAAGGGUCUUUGUGCCAUAAAACUAGUUCCUAGACAAAAGACAUAGUUCUUAAGGCUCUGCUGAACUCUCAGGAGGUAAGGGAAAUCACCAGGGCAAAAAAAUAUUGGAUCUCAAUCAAUAUCUAAGAUCAACAAACCAUAGCUGAGAAUGUAACUGAACAGGGGUUCAUUUGCCCAACAAGCAGUAAAACCAAAUCCUGAGACAUGAGUUUUGCAGAAGAGAAAAGGUUUAUUGCUGGGCGCCAAGCAUGGAGAUGAGAGAAAUCUUUCUCAAAUCCACUUCCCCAGUGGCGAGAU